AUGCCACAGCCACAAGCCGACCAACGCCCCCCCCCUGUCCCGCAGAGUGGUGAUCAGCAGCGCGAGGAGGCGAUGAGGAGGGGAGCGAUCGGGUGCGGGGCGGCAGCAGGGGCGGCACGAGGGCAGCACUACAGCAGUGUGCAGCACUACAGCAGUGUGCAGCACUACAGCAGUGUGCAGCACUACAGCAGUGUGCAGCACUACAGCAGUGUGCAGCACUACAGCAGUGUGCAGCACUACAGCAGUGUGCAGCACUACAGCAGUGUGCAGCACUACAGCAGUGUGCAGCACUACAGCAGUGUGCAGCACUACAGCAGUGUGCAGCACUACAGCAGUGUGCAGCACUACAGCAGUGUGCAGCACUACAGCAGUGUGCAGCACUACAGCAGUGUGCAGCACUACAGCAGUGUGCAGCACUACAGCAGUGUGCAGCACUACAGCAGUGUGCAGCACUACAGCAGUGUGCAGCACUACAGCAGUGUGCAGCACUACAGCAGUGUGCAGCACUACAGCAGUGUGCAGCACUACAGCAGUGUGCAGCACUACAGCAGUGUGCAGCACUACAGCAGUGUGCAGCACUACAGCAGUGUGCAGCACUACAGCAGUGUGCAGCACUACAGCAGUGUGCAGCACUACAGCAGUGUGCAGCACUACAGCAGUGUGCAGCACUACAGCAGUGUGCAGCACUACAGCAGUGUGCAGCACUACAGCAGUGUGCAGCACUACAGCAGUGUGCAGCACUACAGCAGUGUGCAGCACUACAGCAGUGUGCAGCACUACAGCAGUGUGCAGCACUACAGCAGUGUGCAGCACUACAGCAGUGUGCAGCACUACAGCAGUGUGCAGCACUACAGCAGUGUGCAGCACUACAGCAGUGUGCAGCACUACAGCAGUGUGCAGCACUACAGCAGUGUGCAGCACUACAGCAGUGUGCAGCACUACAGCAGUGUGCAGCACUACAGCAGUGUGCAGCACUACAGCAGUGUGCAGCACUACAGCAGUGUGCAGCACUACAGCAGUGUGCAGCACUACAGCAGUGUGCAGCACUACAGCAGUGUGCAGCACUACAGCAGUGUGCAGCACUACAGCAGUGUGCAGCACUACAGCAGUGUGCAGCACUACAGCAGUGUGCAGCACUACAGCAGUGUGCAGCACUACAGCAGUGUGCAGCACUACAGCAGUGUGCAGCACUACAGCAGUGUGCAGCACUACAGCAGUGUGCAGCACCAGACCCCACGUCCUCUCAAACACCCCUUUCCCACCCAUUCCCCCGUCCCCUUACACUCACCCAACAAGCACCACCCUUCCCGGCCCCCUCUCCUUGCCGCCUCCCUCAUUCCCCUCCUCCCCAAUCACUUCCCCCCCAAACGCCUCUGCUCCCCCUGCUUCCUUUGGAUUUUUGUUCCCCUCCGCCCCCUGUGCUGGGUGCAGCGGGCCAUGCAGCAGGGAGUGUGCGAGGGCAAUGGUGGCAUCCCGGCUCAACAAGUUCACGCACAUGUGCACAGGAGCAAAGGAGCACAGGAGCGCGGAUAUGGAAUGGACAGCCCAGACGCCAUACCAGCUGCCACUCCACUGCACUCUCCACUCCCUCUCUCGCUUUCACUCUCCCUUCCCCGCCCUAGCUCUCCUCCCAGACUCUCUCGCUCGCUCUUUCCUUCCCCAUUUCUUUCCCUUUCUCCCGUUAUCUGCCUCCCCUAG